GAGUCACUCUCAUUCAUGGAUACAUGCAUUAUGUAAAAAUAAAAAUAAUAAUAGUUUGUCGCCUGCAGCAGAGCACACUAACACCACGCACCGACUCCUAACACACAAUUCAGUGUCAGCGGGGAUAUGGUUCUUAUUGUUGAUAUCAUUUGAACCAAAACAAAAUUAACAUCUACACACACGCAUACACGCAGAAGCAGUAGAGAAAGAGAGGGGCACUUCCGUCCAGCUGCGGAACGUUGCCACCGCCGUUUAGUCAUCAUCAUCAUCAUCGUCGCCAUCAUCAUAGGAGUGGCAUCAUCGUCACUACCGGAAUGCUUGCUAUUUCAGGUUUGCGGUGAUCGCCAGCUAGAAAAGGCUUACCGGAAGCGGUUCUGCCGCUUCACCAGACUGGUUAGCGUCGUCCGGUCCGGUAUUAAUUGGUGGAAUUUAAUGAAAUUCAAAAAGGUGUAAUAGGAUGUUCCGUUACAGUAGAAUUUCAAUGCCACACGUAAAUGAAGUCGUUCAAUGAAAUUCAAUGAAACAAGCACCGCUCUGGCGGAGGGCCUCACAGUGCAUAACGUAUGUUCUUCGUUACUGUACAAGUUAAUAAUAUACAAACGUUUGCUCUUUUGGGUCGUGGCAGGCCAGAUUUGUGCUCUGAACUGAACGAUUGGAAAGAAUGGAACAAUUGAAAUAUCCAUCGAUCAAAGUGUGCACGGUGGUUGUAAAUAUCGCUUCAUUUAUUCGAAACGCCAGCUAGCGGUAAAGAUCGUAAAGAAAGUGAAUCGGAUCGAAUCUCUCCUGCUUUGGUUUCAUUCACUGCACGCUCCAGUGAGUGCGAGUGUAGUAGCUGCUGCUGCGUAAAGGAAACCCACCGCGCCUUCCACGAAGGUUUCUUCCACAACACCGAAGAUUGGCGGUGCCGGGAAAAGUGGAUCCCAUUUCCUACGACGUUUUCUUUUAAGGUUUUUCGGACGAAAAAUGCAUUCGUUAGAGAUGGUAUGGCUCGAAACAAUUCGAAAGUGCAUUAGUAUCUCUUACCAUACCAUCAGUCGCAAAGGGCAAACCUAACAUUUCUCAGCGAAUUAUGACGUCAUUUGAAGCGAUUUUGUUGAAUUUUCAAUAGCUGCACGCGUUGUGCGUGGUGGAGAUGCUGUCGAUAAAGGGUUAAUUUGAGUGCGAUUGCGUCCGAAAGGCAUGGUUAUUUGAUAUCGAAAUACACCAAGAAAUGGUUACACCUGUUAUGUCGAGGUGCCUGUGUGCGUAUGGUUUCGUUACCUACUAUAGUGAAUAUUACUGCACGGAACCAUUUGUAAAGCAAAGCAUUUUUGACUGUAAAACAUGUCGCUAACGGAUAAGGAAUACUAUAAUCUGACUAUCAGCAUUUCCAAAGCGCUCAGCAAUGUGGAAAUGCCCAUCAAGGUGAAGCACGUCCGUGCGGCUAUCAUUGGUACAUUCCACAGCAAUGGUGCGCAUGCAUUUUGGGCCAUUGCCAUCCGGCAACCGAUACAGGACAAUCGGAUAGUGGCGUGGAAGUUCUGCCAUCUGCUUCACAAGAUACUGCGCGAGGGCCACCCGCUAUGCUGUCAGCAUUCCAUGCGGCACCGGGCCAUGCUGCUGGAGGCCGGAAAGCUGUGGGGCCAUCUGAACGAUGGGUAUGGUAUUUGCAUCAAGCACUACACCAAGCUGCUCGUGACGAAGCUCGAGUUUCACGAUCGCAACCCUCGCGUACCGGGCAGCUUAUCAUUGCGCCAGGGCGAUCUGGAAAAGAUUGGCGAGGGAGACAUCAACAUUUAUUUUCAGCUCGCAGUUGAGAUAUUCGACUAUCUGGAUGAUAUCAUUGCGCUGCAAGGCACAAUAUUCAAUUCCAUCACAACAUUCUGCGUCAGUUCGAUGACUUCGGCGGGCCAGUGCCGUUUGGCACCGUUGAUUCCUUGCAUUCAAGACUCGAACCCACUGUACGAUAUGCUGGUGCGCGUGAUGUUUAAACUGCACGCCAACUUACCCUCAGAUCUGCUGACUGGGCAUCGUCAGCGCUUCAACACACUGUUCCAUCAGCUGAAAUCGUUCUACGGACAGUCGCGCAAUCUGCAGUAUUUUGUUAACCUGAUCACCGUACCAAAGCUCCCGGAGGCGCCACCCAACUUCCAGCAGCAAAGCGAUCUCGGCAACUACCAAACGCCGGUAGUGGUGAUGCCCGACAGUGAACCCAUCGACAAUGAGCCGGAACCGCCAGCGAUCGACAAUCUGAUCGAUACGGCCGAGGCGAUCCCACCGAUACCGGAGCUUCCGCACGCGAACAACCACCAUCAGCUGGCCGCUCCGGCGCCGGUCGUACCGGUGGCACAAGUUAUGGAACUGGAACGGCUGAUUCAGGAGCGGGACAAUAUCAUUCGCCACCUGCAGAUGGAAACGCAAGGAUUGUCCAACCAGCUGAAAGCGGCCACCAGCGAGCAGCGGGACGUGCAGCGUCGACUCGAGGACCAAAUAGCGACACUCAAUGCACAGCUUACGCAUAGCCAAGGCGAACUUACCAAUCUACGGUUUCAGAAGGAAGAGCUGGAACUGCGAGCCCAAACGGCACCUACGCUAGAGCAACGAGCGCAAGCGGAAGAGGAACGUGCAAAAGCCAGUGAGGAAAAGUUUCAAAAACUAAAAACCAUGUACACGCAGAUACGCGAUGAGCACGUGAACCUACUGCGUCAGAUGAAAAUCGAUCAAUACAAAUUAGCAUGCUAUAAAAAGCAUGGCGAAAUUAGCAAGCAACUAGCCUCGUCCACGAAAAUUGCAGCGGAAGCGAGCAAAGCAAAGGAAGAACUCCAAUGCCAGCUGGAAGAGCUCGAGCAAAAGCAAGCCCUGGUACAGAAUGCACUGCAGCAAAGUUCGAACGACGCACGACAGGAGCAGGAAGCCAUUGGCGAACAGCUUCAAAUCAUGACGCAAAAGUGUGAAUCGCUGCAGAGCCGCUAUGAUGAGAUGGAAGCGUCGCGGCAGGCCGAAAUUGCCGAGCUUCGCAUCAACUUCGAGCGGGUAGAGGGCGAACUGCACACAUUCCAGCAAGAACGCGAAGCUCUCUCGAACGAAAAGGGAACGCUAGAGGAACGGUUAGCCGAAAUACAGAGCGAAAAGCAGGAGCUUGAUUUGAAGUACCAGGAAUGCAUGGCAAAGAUGCACGAACUGGAGCUAAAGACUGAUCAUUACGCAAAGGAAGAAAUGUCUUUGCAGCAGAGCGUAAACGAAAAUUCACUUAAAGCGCAGGAACUAUCCGAUCAAAUUGAACAAUUGCGGACGGAAAAUGAUGCACUCAAACAACAAUACAACGAACUGGAAGCAGCCAAAGCGUUGCAAGCGGAAGAGUUCCAGCGAACACACCAGGAGGAACUGCUUCGGUUCGAUUCACUGCAGACGGAAAUGAACGAUAAGCUGGCCACUAUCGCCUCGGAAAAGGAUACCAUAGCGGGCGAAAAAGAACAAACCUGGGAGCAGCUGCUAAUGCUUCAAACGGAAUCCUCCCAAAAGCAGGCUGAUUUUGAAUCGCUGGAAAAGGAUUUGAAAUCAGUUCUCGAGCAAAAGGAUCACGAAUUGGAAGAAUUUAAUGCAAAGUAUCGGGAGCUGGAAGAAAAAUAUCAGAGUCUAGAUGCAAAUAUGGAACGGUUACUUUCCGAAAAGGAAACGAUUGAAUCUGAUCUGCAAGAUUUACUUCACCAACAGGAGCAAACGGAACACAAACUGCAGGCUGCGCUGUUGAAGGUGGAAGCGCUAGAAACGGCGCUCAUUGACUGCAAAAUUAGUGGAGAGACGGCACUGCGCACCCUGCUGGAGGCGUGCAUUAAAUCGUCGGAAAAGCUGACACUGCGCGCUAUCGGUGAAAACGAAAUGCCCGGAGCGGGCGGAACACCCACCUACUUUUUGAUGAUAGCGGAAGAGCUUCAAGAAGUGCUGACCAAGCUGAAGAUGGUCCAUGAGAACUAUCUAAAGGACAAUUCGACGAACGUAGAAUCGCUGGCGCGGAAAGUCAUUAUCGGAGCGCAUCUGCUUGCUUCUGCUCACGUACAGGGCAUGACUGUAUGCAAUCGCUCAGCAAACAUUGAAAGCGGUGAACGUAUCGCAGAAGAGUUGAAGAAACUGGGUCAAUCGAUCACGACCCUCUUCCAGUCACUGCAGAAAACAAGCGAAUCAGGUACAGUAAGUGAUCGUAUAACUGACCUGAAGGCAAAACUGGAAGAGGUAACUACCAUGAUCGUCGACCUGGGCAAGCAAACCGAUGGUACUGAAAAUCUGGGCGACAUGGUGGAGUCCGAGCUGACCACCAUGGACAAAGCGAUCGAAGAAGCUGCAUCACGCAUACAGGAAAUGCUGUCAAAAUCCCGCGCUUCCGAUUCGGGUAUAAAGCUAGAGGUGAACGAGAAGAUUCUUGAUGCCUGCACGAGUCUCAUGCAAGCGAUCAGAGUGCUAGUGCAGAAAUCUCGUUUGCUGCAAACGGAAAUUGUUGCACUCGGCAAAGGAACCGCUUCGGCAAAGGAAUUCUACAAACGAAACCACCAAUGGACAGAGGGACUCAUUUCGGCAGCCAAGAGUGUAGCCCAAGGUGCCAACUUUCUGGUCACGGCGGCAAAUAAAACGGUGGUCGGCGGGGCAAAACAUCAGCUAGAUUUGGUGGUAGCCGCCCAGGAGAUUGCGGCCUGCACGGCACAGCUUGUAGUGGCCAGCCGCGUGAAAGCUCCACGAUCCAGCACCAACCUUACAGCGCUGGGCACCGCCUCCAAGAACGUCACGCAAGCGACCGGGAUUGUUGUUGCCACGGCGAAGGAUUGCAGCCAGCGGUUGGAAGAUUCCCAGGAUCUGGAUCUUGGCACGCUGACGGUACAUCAAGCCAAAACGAAAGAGAUGGAGAUACAGGUAAAGGUGCUUGAGCUAGAGCAGGCACUGCAAAUGGAGCGAAUGCGCCUGGCCUCAUUCCGCAAGAAGAACUACCAACAACCCGUGGAAGAGUAGUAAAUCUAGCAUUUGGCCCCACUCCCAUGUUGGGUACGUUCCUCCAAUACACACGCUUUUUUAAAAGGGUAGUACGGGUCUCAGCGAUCACUUUUUCGAAAUUCACCAAACAUAUACAGAGGUUGAAAAUGACGACUGUAGCUAUGUUUCAAUCCAAUCCCAAAAAAUCAAACGAAAUGCUUGGGUUUAAUUUGCUCUCUAGAUGGAGAUGCAUUUCUACCGAUUGUGUCUUAUUUUGGCAAUCAUUUCAAAUCACUUCAGACUGUAAUAUACAACAAACUGGAGGUGAGAGCUGUUUGUGUUGAAAAAUGUUACACUUAUCAUCCCACGUUAUCAGCCACGUAUAUCACACGUUAGCCAAUGAGAGGGAGGCAUCAUCAUGCAACAUCGACAUUAUGUUAAGAGGGUUUCGUCGCUUCAUUAACCGUUAUUAAUAGGAUAGUGAAUAUAUUAGUAUAGCAUAUUUAACUUUGUUAGAUACCCCCAAAAGCGUAAGAUGCAUCCAGUAACGAAUGAUAAGAAGCUCUGUUAUACUGUAUCUUGUAUUUCAACUUACAACGAAAUUGAUGCAAACAAAUAAACAUGGAUCAAAUAAAA